UCCUAGCAGGAAGGGAAAGAGCGACAUAUCUGGCCACAGCAGGCUGCGCCUUUAAGGAAAAGCGAAAGCGUCGCUGCUAUUGGUUGAUACAAGUAACAACAAGCAGCAGCAGCAGCAGCAACAACGCCUGCUAGGCAAGCAACUCCGAACCGUUGUGCGUGUCAGGUUCCGGGGUGUUGUUCUCAGGCAACCUCGCAAGGAGACCCCGCAGUCGCAUUACCCACCCGAGACGUUUGGAGUACUGCCAGCGCGCAGCGCCGAUCCUGCCCCUUACCUGCAGCAGCCUGCUACCUGUCAUCAUCUGGGCAUCAUCACACUGAGGCAUGGGCAGGAGGAAACGACUCAUCACAGAUUCUUUCCAAGUGGUGAAGAAGAAGAGAGAUUGUAAAAAAUCAAAGGUGGUUCAGAGCCCACCUCAUGACACAGUGACAGUCCAGCCAGAGUCUAUCCAGCAAGAUGCCAUACAGCCAGAGCAGCUAGAGACGUUGAAGCAGUUUGAUCUCAGCUGGGAAUAUGGGCCUUGCACUGGAAUCACCCGCUUGCAGCGCUGGGAGAGAGCAAACCUGUUGGGUCUCAACCCCCCUGCCAGUGUGCAGGCGCUGCUGCUGAAGUACAAUGAGUUGCCCAUUAUUACAUACAGCCUGUGGCAUGAAUACGCACUCUGAGGAGAACAACUGGUGAUACUUGGGCUGAGAAGGAGUCCUUGCUGCUCUGACUUGAUGCCGACUAGAGAAUCCCCUCAUUCCUAUAGAGGGGGGUGUUCUGUGGUGAGAGAGAAAUAACCCUGGAAAGACACUGAGGAGCUUACAAAGGCCUACCAGCUGGUCCCCAGUCAUGACUCUAGCCACAGCCUGACUCCAGCCAACUCAGGUUGCUUCCUAGAAACAACUUCUGUCACCUUGAUUGAAAAAUAAACAGUUUUUAAGAGAG